GAUUCUCUGACAGUUGGAGAGUUCAGAGGUUUGAUGAAAUUAUUAUUGGAUUGCAUAUAACAUUGCUCCCCACUUCAUCUGAUUAUUGAUUUAUCUGUUAUCUAAAUUUUAUAUACUACAUUCUGUAAGAUUAUUGAAUAAAAACUUUUUGUUUGUUUGAUUUAUUUUUGUAGAAAUCUUAUUGAGUUCUUUUAUCCAGUUAAUUUAAUUUAUCCAGUGUUCAAGUCUUAACAAUAUUUUUCUUAUUAUUAUUAUAUAUACGACUAUUUUUUACUUUAAGAAAUUCCUUUAUAACGCUAUUUAAGCAGAUAUUUAAUUAAUUUGUAUGAUCUGUCCCCUAUGUCUAUAAAGUAUGAGUUAUGGACAAGGAUUGCAACAAUUUGCAACAAUUAUGUUAUAACCAAAAUUAAAGAAGUUACAGUGUAAGAAUUAAUAAAAAUAAAAAAAAAAAGAAUUCUGUUAUCGAUAAUGGUCGCCAGUAGAGAAUUUUGAUUAUUUAUAAUGGUUUUUGUACCCAAAACAUUUAAAAGUAUAGUUAUUUGUAACAAAAACACUAUUUAAUGUACCGAAUAAUUGGUUAAUGUACAAAUGUAACCAAAAUAUUUUUUAAAAAAUUUCUUUAAGAUUUAGUUUGUUCAUUAUAUUACAUUUAAGCAAAUAUUGUGUUGUCAAUGACUUUUUAUACAAAACUUAGAAAUAUCUGUUACUUUUGAUUCUAGUUAUACUUGUUAUUGUUCUGUAGUUCUGUAUAAACUGAUAUAAAUGAUCAUAUUAUUCACAUUUAUUUAUGUAUUAAAGAGAAAAUAAUUUUUUUCCAGUUGAUUACUAUUUAAUAUUUUAUAUUAAUAUAAAGAAUGGCUUGCUAUUUGUAAAAUUGAGGAUCGUCAUUAUCAUUACUUUAGCCAAAUCAUGAUUUACAAUCAGUAUAUGUCACAAGUUACAUUUGCUUUCGAAAAAGUAACAGAAUUAAUACUAUUAUUUUACAAAGAAAUUAAUAUAAAAGGAAUCAACCUGAAAUGUUAAGAUUUAUAAAGAAAGAUAUUUUUAUUUAUUUUCAGAUACAAAUAUAUAUAUGUAGAGGCAUUGAUACCUAUGAAGAUUUACGGGAUUACACGAUUAGAAUCUAGCGAGAAUUGUGAAAUUGCUUCAAAUUGUUCCUUCUAUUGUAUGUAUAUGGAUAUUGCAGGUGGGAAGAUCUAGUACGAGGACUUUUUCUAUAAAUAGAAUGUUGUUUUCAGAAGAAAAAUAUCUAGAAAUCAAGGAAGAUAAUGGAGUAAAGACAUUGAUAUUAAAUCAUCCAGAAUCUCGCAAUUCUUUAUCUUUGAAAAUGUUAAAGUCUUUAUUAAUAAACAUAAAAAAGGAUGAAGAUAGUAAAAAUCUUCGAUCCAUAGUUAUUAAAUCUGGAUUGGAAAGAGUAUUUUCUGCUGGACACAACUUAAAAGAAUUGACUGGUAACAAUGAGAAACUUCACAAGGAAAUCUUUGAAACAUGCUCAGAGUUGAUGCGAACAAUUACUCAAAGUCCUGUUCCUAUAAUUGUUGCUGUAGAUGGUAUAGCAACUGCAGCUGGUUGUCAAUUGGUUACUGCAUGUGAUAUUGCUAUUUGCACUGAACAAAGUUCAUUUGCUACACCAGGAGCCAAUCUUGGAAUAUUUUGUUCUACACCAGGUAUUCCCUUAGUUCGAAAUGUACCCAAGAAGAUGGCAAUGUACAUGCUAUUUACAGGUUUUAGCAUUACUGGCAAAGAAGCAUACGAAGCAGGACUUGUGAGUAAAGUUGUACAAAAUGAUAAAUUUGAAGAAGAAAUUGAAAAGAUUACUACAUCUAUAAAUAUGAAAAGCCGUUCUAUUAUUCAUGUUGGAAAAACAUUUUUGUAUGAACAAUUGGAUCUUGAUAUGUCAACUGCAUAUUUCUUAGGAACUGAAAAGAUGAUUAAUAGUUUAAAAAUGAAAGAUGCUCAAGAAGGAAUCAAAAGUUUCAUUGAAAAGCGAAAACCUAUUUGGAGUCAUGAUUAUGAGAAAAAUUAAUAUGGAUUGGUGUAUAUAUAUAUAUAUAUAUAUAUAUAUAUAUGAAAUAUCUAAUAUAAAUUCCUAAUAAUGGAAAAAUUUUUAUUAUUUUUGUAGAAAAUGUUAUAAAUAUGAUUACUUCUAUUGUAUUUCUAUAUUAAACCAUCUGACAUAAUAAAAUUUAUUAUGUUCUU